AAAUUUCCUCCUGUUUCUCAUCCGAAGUUGUUGGGCUUAGAGAGGACACGGGUUUCUGCGUUUUUUGAAGCAGCUCUGCUUGUAUCUGACAGGUAAUGGCGCGACUGUUUCUCAGGGGAACCCUGCAGAGGUGCAUCGCCACCCAGAUCAGGAUGUCUUCAGACCAGCUUGGGGAGCUGGGCAAAGGAGCGGGGAAAGGCGGAGGUGGCGGAGGAUAUGUGAGGUCGGCAGGAGGCGCGUUCGGAAAGCGGGAAGCUGCAGAAGAGGAGCGAUACUUCAGGCAGAGGGAGCGGGAGCAGUUGGAGGCUCUGAGGAAGCACCACGCCGAGGAGAUUGAGCACCACAAGAAGGAAAUCGAACGCCUACAAAGAGAGAUUGACCGCCACAAGGGCAAAAUCAGAAAGCUGUCGCAUGACGACUGAGGCGGAGAAGCCUGCCGUCAUUCGUUUCCUGAGUGCGACCGCUCGUUGAAUAUCACUUGUUUCCUCUGCUGGUCAAGGCAGAUCCUGUGGUCGUGGGAUGUUCUACUGACCUCUUUGUAAGGGCUGAAACAAUAAAGUGAUUCUUUUUUUCCUGAA